AUGUCAGGAAAAGUUUCGUCAACUUGGCUAAUUACUGGCGCCUCAUCAGGCAUUGGAAAGGCCCUUGCAUUGGAGGCUCUGAGUACUGGAUGUAAAGUUAUCGGAACAACUCGCGACGUUGGCAGAGCCGAGACUUCUUUUCCUGAGUUUUCUGUGAAAGGCGGCAUUUGGAAGGAGUUGGAUCCUGGCCACAACGACUCGUUCGCACAGUUCUCCAGCUGCUGUCGAGAGUAUGGUGUGGAUGUGUUGGUAAACAACGCUGCGUACGCCUUUAUUGGAGGCGUCGAAGAUACAAGCGAGAGCGAGGUACGAGAGCAAAUGGAAGUCAAUUUCUACGGACCAAUCCGUGCUCUCAAGGCAUGCCUGCCAACAAUGAGAGCCAAGAAAUCUGGAAACAUCGUUCUCAUCAGCAGUGCGGCUGGGUUCAUUUCACGUCCCGCCAGAGGAACGUACUCGGCCAGCAAAUUUGCCAUUGAAGCCAUUCACGAAUCUCUCGCCCAAGAAGUCCAGAGCUUUGGCAUCAAAGUCCUUAUCGUGGAGCCAGGUGCAUUUCGCACACCAUUCUCGAGCAGAAUUAUCACGCCUGCCCAGUACGCGUCGAAAGGGGGGUUAAGUGACGUAUACAAGGGAACUGUGGUCGACCAAAUGCUUUCUGGAACUCGGGAUAUGAUGUCAAUCCCCGACUUUGUCAAAGGUGACCCUGAUAAAGCAGCCAGUGCAAUUGUAAACGCCGUCAGAAACGGACAUGAGUAUCUGCGCAUGCCGCUUGGUCCGGAUAGUGUUCGUGCAUUAGAAUCCAAACUUGGCAGUUUGAAAGAGGAUUUAGAGGCUACUAGGUCGAUUGCUAACUCGACAGAUGUUAACUAA